AUGGCGACUGAAAACGCAGAUGAUAUUGCGAUCGAAACGGGCGAUCAUAAGUCUGGGAUAAUGAAGUGGAACGUGGAUGAUACUGGAAAGUCAGGAUACGACAUUGGGGAAGACGAUGGUGUGAAAUCGAAAGAGCUUGGCCGAGGCCGUUUUCCGUCAGUGGUCCACGUGCACAUAAAGGACGCCGUCGUGUACAUCCGAACCAGCCUUGACGUUCUCACCAAAUAUUCUGUCCACAACCCUAAAAUUGCCUUCCUUUGUAAAAAGGCCGGUUCCGCAGUGUCUCAUCUUUCUACGCCGUCAGAUCCAGAGACGGCCCAUGUGAUCCGAUUGCUUUAUGGUCACAGUAUAGCGAAGGAGCUUAUCAACGUGAAGGUUUCGUCCAAAGCCAAGCCAAAGCCAAAGCUCCCUGGCAACAGGGAAGAUGACGAGAUGAAUGGUGACUACUACGAGGAAGACAACGACGAAUCUGAAUCUUGGAGUGCCGAUUGA